AUGUCCGACCCCAUUGAGGAAGCGAGCGAGGUGGGAGGUAGCCAAGGCGACAAGGAUGCGAGUCAAAGUGGGUCGAAGAAGAAGCAUCAAUGGCAGGCGAUCCGAACCACGUGGUUGAAGGAUUGCGAGGAAGAGGAAGAGCAUGCGCAAUAUGCUGAGCAAGAAGAAGGAGCGGAGGAGGAGAUCUUGCCGAUCGACGCGUCACCUUAUCGGCCCAUUGCUGUCUUCAAGCAUGAGAAGGUGAAGGGCGUCGAAGGGGGGGGUGCAUCUGAAGGUUCAGAGGACGAGGUCGGAGGCGUGUCAACGAUUCCGGACAUGAUGAGCAAUGCCAGAGCAUUGUACAACAAGACCGUCAACACUCCUUCGAUGGAGGAUCAUGGGAACAUGGAGAAGAGAAGGACCAUGCUGGGGAAGGCGACGAGAAAGAGCAGGAGCAGGAGCAUCAAAAUGGACAUGGCGCACAGCAUGCGGGGGAAGGAAGCUUUGUCGAUCAGAUUCCAGCAGCACGGCAAGACCAAGACGAUCAGGGUCGAGGGGAGGAGGUGA